GCCUUACCGAUUCGACCCGACGACCCGAGUCCCUCCUAUAUUCUCCUCUCCUCUUCUCUUCGAGACAGAUCCCUAGUCAAAAAAGAUCCCGAUCACCAGGAUCUAAAAGAAAAACCUAUCACCAGCGGCGGCGGCGGCGAUGGUGUGCACCAAAUGCGAGAAGAAGCUGGGGAAAGUGAUCGUGCCGGACAAGUGGAAGGAGGGCGCCAGCAACACCUUCGAGGGCGGCGGCCGCAAGAUCAAUGAGAAUAAGCUCCUCUCCAAGAAGAGCAGGUGGACUCCUUAUGGAAAUACCAAAUGCAUAAUCUGUAAGCAACAGGUGCACCAGGAUGGUAAAUACUGCCACACCUGUGCCUAUUCAAAAGGGGUGUGCGCGAUGUGUGGUAAGCAAGUGCUGGACACGAAGCUGUACAAGCAAAGCAAUGUGUGAGUAGGAUGCCAUGGCAUUGCCAGCUCGUACUGUCAAGGAUAAUCAUGUAGUGGUCCUAUGUUUAACAUGUAAUUUCAUAACAUCAUGUGCUCGCGAUAUUGCUGUGGAAAAAGAUGGCUGUAUUUGUGCUCUGAAAAGAACUAAUUUUAGCAGUUCUGUAAGCGUGCGUGGUUGUCUCUGUAAUUUGAACCCUUGAGCAAUGUGGAUUUUAAGGGCUGGCGUUUUGCUGCCCUGGAA